GGGCUGGGAGUCGGGUAGCGGUGCCCCGCGCGCACGACUUCACAGCCGCGCAGACCUACCCCCCGUCGCCCGCAUAUCAUGGGAGUGUCAUGAACGAACUUAUCAAGCUAUAGGUAGUUUUUACGAUGAGCUAUUUGUUUUUAUUUAAUGAUAAGUUAGACGGACUCGAAUUUUUUACUUGUGUGCAUUUUAAGAAAUUAAAUAUCACGUGUUUUUAAACCGUGAAGUAAAACAUCGUGAGGAAACCUGCAUACCAGAGAAUUUUCUUAAUUCUCUGCGUGUGUAAAGUCUGCCAAUCCGCAUUGGGCCAGCGUGGUAGCCUAACCCCUUUCAUUCAGAGAGGAGACUCGAGCUCAACAGUGAGCCGAAUAUGGGUUGAUAAUGAUGUAGUUGGGCAGUAUAAGGUAGUUGUGGGCUAACUUGAAAGACGUACAAGUUUAUUCAACGGUACCUAUGACGGUAUUUACGCGGCAUACCAGAACGCUAAACUCCGUGGCGAUGUCUUUUCCUGUAGGGUAGUAACUAGUCACGACCGACUCAUUUUAUAAUUGCUGUCUUUAUUGAUUUAAUCAAUCAUACCUCGAUGACUACGCCCCACUUAUACAAUGAAGAUUAUCUUAUCUCAUUGUAAAUUAUCGCACGCGCUUUCCUUGCGUGAAACAAGUAGUGUACCUGCCUGCCUUUGUCUAUGAAACAUUAUGUUGCCGUGAUUAUUACAUUGUUUUAAAUUAUGAAGGAACUGUUAAUUUUUGUGGUUUUUUGUGCAUUAGCCAGUCCUUCAGAAGAAGCGAUAUUAUCAAGUGUGCCGCCGCACCUUUUGGACUGCUACCGCAGAGGAGGGCCGGAGUUAUCGGCUCCCCAUAGGCUCGAUGUCUUUCUAUCGCUUUUACGAAGGCUGGAGCUGAGUUCGCGGCUUGACAUGAGGUUGUUUAGCACGACUUUACUCAGAAGUCUACGACUAGACGGCAUAGAAGAAUCUCCCAACACAAUAGAGUCGGAUUAUGUUCUGCCGUUCAGAGCUUCAGCUUUCCAAUUUCAUAAGUACAAACUGCUGAUGGAAUUGUUCCUGCCGAGUCAGCCCGAUCUGCUGAACGUAGACGAAAGUCUUACUCUGGUCGAGAAAUGCUUGCUGCACAAACUGUUGAGCUCGACUGUGCAGCCGUGGGAGCGUGGUGAUGAAAACAUCGUAUGCCCAUUGUCGGCACAACGCCGACAGACUAUGAUACGACAAAGUGCUAACAGAAUCUUUAGCAGGUGCCCCAUAGAAAACGGUGUAAUAAAAACAGAAUGGGGCACAAUAUCGUCUGGGACCCUUGUGGCAGCGCUCGCUUCGGCUUUGGAACCCCAACGGGUGACGAUUAGCGAUAUAUUAAAUGCCAAUAUAUUCAAGGAGGAACUCUCUCAGGCUUUGGUGGACUCUGCUAUGGAAGAUUGGUACACUGAACUCGAGGAAUUCGAUGUUGAAGAACAAAGCAGUGACGCUAAUAAUAUUAGUAAUUUGUGGGUGGCUACGUUAGCAGGCGAUUUAGCGGAAGUAGUUGUGAACCAGGGCCCGCGAGUGGGCGCCUCCGAGCAUCGCCUGCUGGUAGGCAGCAGCAACCGCUGGAACGACACGCUGCUGCCUCGAGACUACUACCUCUUCCCACCCAACGCUACCCUGCCCAAUUGGCACUUCACUGAUGCAGAGAUUUUAGCCGGAAUUGACGGUCUAAUAUUAGCAAAUUACUUGCCAACAUGGGUGGAACAAAGACGGUCUUUACGCUUAUCUCAAGUACUGGACAUGUACUACUCUAACGAGGGGGUAUCGUUCGAUACAUCGGUGAGAGCGUGUAACAGACACGCCUUGUACGCCAAUAUUGUCAACGGCACCCAGUUGCUGAGGGAAACUUCUAGAUUCGCGCACAUGUUGUCUUUACAACAGAUCACUGUGUAUAUACCGAGGGAAACAAUGGAAAGGAUGAGCGAAGCAGCCGCCACGGCGUUUAUGAAUUAUGUUCCAACAAUCCUAAGAGAAAAUCAUCAGGAGUGCCGAAAGAUGUUCUCAGACGUUCCCUCUGUAGACCUCAUAGUGGCAACCGACGGAUCGUGGAAGGGCUAUGAGAUUGAGCAGUUUAUGUCAUGGAUUGGAAACGCUUUAGAAGUUGAAGCUCACAGCAGUACCAUUGCGUUACUCCAUGGCAACAAUGGACUUUGGAUAGUUCCACCCACCAGUAAUCUCACUAGUUUCUAUUCCACUUUAAGUAAUUCUACGAUUGAAUGGCCGAACCGCCUUAACCUCCCAAACGUGAUAUCCCGGAUCAUUCAACAUAGCCGGAACAGAACUUUGGAAGAGAUCGCUGCAAUGGCCAGUGCUGGGCACAGCACGGUUGUCCUCAUCAUCAGCCCCACGGACCGGCCCUCCUCGGACGAGCUGGAGCGGUCCAGGAUCCUGAUGCAGUCCUUGCGAAGGAGUUUCUUUGACGUCUACUUCGCUUACGUCGCUGUGGAUACGACCGAAUUUCAGAACAUCAAUAACGAAUAUAUGGAUUAUUCGGAGAUGUUUAUAUCUGUGAAUUCUAACGCAAUGACAGACGUUAUCGAAGCAAUUUAUACGAACUUGGUGAAAACCGAAAUUCCGUCAAGAAUAUUCGGCUCGCAAUGCGAGGUGAAUAGCACGGAAUUCUUUCAAGUACAGUACGAGGACCAUGUACUGCCGGGCCGCAAACAGACAUAUCGUAUACAUCCGUUUUAUUUGAAGCAACAACCCAUUAUUCAUGUACAGUUUCGUAAUGAUGGCCAAGGGCAGAUCCUGGUGUGCAUGUGGCGAGGCGCGGAUGUAUCUCGCAGCUGUCAAACUAUAGUCGAACGAGAGACCUACGUCUUCAACCUAACCGACCCGUGCCCUUCACCAGAUUUCUGUCCGCCAGCUCAUUUUGUUGCUACAACAAUAACAACUGCAAAUUUAUGCGCACAUGACGAAUGCCGUCUUCCUCAUCAAGUAGGCUACUACAUAGAGCACGCUGGCUUGCGCUGCUUGCCGCUUUUAGGUGCUGCAACCGCUAUUACUCCUGCUUGGAAAACGUACAUCAUACUUUCUGUUAUACUCUCAUUAUAUUAUAAUAAGUAAUU